GUUCCGUGGUUGGAGGACGCUGCGGUGGUGUUCUAGCGUUAUCUUUUGGGCUGUGGUUUCGGGGGGGACAAAAGGGAUCCCUGCCUGAGAGCUUUAAUGGCGGUGGGUCCUGCCUUCACGCUGAGGAGGCUUCGUUCCCGCGAUCAGGCCUAACCCGGAUAAGCCCCAGGAAAGUAAAAUAUGUGUUUCCUUAAUGAGUACAAAUUUUCUGAAGUACAGAUGAAAUUUAAUUUCCUGUAUCAUAUUCAGCUAAAUGGACACUAUACAUGUUUCCUGCUCAAUUUGUUAUAGUCAAGUGCCAGAAGACCUCUGAUCUGCUUAUCAAGAUUAACUAGUUACAAUGAAUAUGCUGCUAUUCUUCACUCUGGGAUUGCUCGUGCAUUUAGUGUUCUUCGCCUCCAUCUUCGACAUUUAUUUUACAUCUCCUUUGGUUCAUGGAAUGACACCUCGGUUCACACCACUGCCUCCUCCAGCAAGAAGAUUAGUGCUGUUUGUUGCCGAUGGCUUGCGAGCAGAUGCAUUUUAUGAAUUAGAUGAAAAUGGGAAUUCUAGAGCACCGUUUCUUAGGAAUAUCAUAAUGCAUGAAGGCAGCUGGGGGAUAUCUCAUACACGUGUGCCAACAGAAUCGCGGCCAGGUCAUGUAGCCCUGAUAGCUGGGUUUUAUGAAGAUGUCAGUGCAGUUGCCAAAGGAUGGAAGGAAAAUCCUGUUGAAUUUGAUUCUCUCUUUAAUGAAAGCAAGUACACAUGGAGCUGGGGAAGCCCAGAUAUCUUGCCUAUGUUUGCCAAAGGUGCUAGUGGAGACCAUGUUUACAUGUACAGUUACGAUGCUGAAAGAGAGGAUUUUGGUGCUCAUGAUGCAACAAAGCUGGAUACUUGGGUUUUCGAUAGUGUUAAGGACUUCUUUCUUGCUGCCAGAAACAACCAGUCUUUGUUUUCUAAGAUAAAUGAAGAGAAAGUAGUUUUUUUCUUACACUUAUUAGGAAUAGAUACAAACGGACAUGCCCACCGCCCAUCAUCAAGGGACUAUAAGGACAAUAUUAAAAAAGUCGAUGAUGGAGUGAAAGAAAUUGUGUCCAUGUUUAAACAUUUUUAUGGAAAUGAUGGAAAAACGACAUUUAUCUUUACCUCUGACCAUGGCAUGACAGACUGGGGUUCCCAUGGGGCUGGUCAUCCUUCAGAGACUUUAACUCCUUUAGUCACUUGGGGAGCUGGAAUAAAGUAUCCCCAAAAAGUAUCAGCUCAGCAAUUCAAUGAUGCAUUUUUGAAAGAAUGGAGGCUGGAGCACUGGAAGAGGCAAGAUGUCAAUCAGGCCGAUAUUGCACCAUUGAUGGCUUCCCUGAUUGGAGUCCCUUUUCCCCUUAAUUCAGUGGGAAUCCUUCCUGUGGAUUAUCUGAACAACACUGAUCUCUUCAAAGCAGAGAGCAUGUUCACUAAUGCAGUACAGAUUCUUGAACAGUUCAAGGUGAAAAUGACUCAGAAGAAAGAAGCUACUUUACCAUUUUUGUUUACACCAUUUAAGUUACUUUCUGAUUCUGAACAGCUCAACAUUUUAAGAAAAGCAAGAUCUUACAUAAAACAGAGGAAGUUUGAUGAAGUGGUCUCUCUUUGCAGGGAGCUGAUUAAUCUUGCAUUGGAAGGAUUGUCCUAUUAUCACACUUAUGACAGAUUCUUUUUGGGCAUCAAUGUUGUUACUGGUUUUGUGGGAUGGACAUCUUAUGCUUCUUUGGUGAUCAUCAAGUCUCAUUCCAACCUCCUAAAAGGUGUUAGUAAAGAAAUUAAGGAACCAAGCCAUCUCUUGCCAUGCAGUUUUGUAGCUAUUGGUAUUUUCGUGGCAUUAUUCCUACUGAUUCAAGCCUGUCCCUGGACUUAUUAUGUAUAUUGUCUGUUGCCAGUGCCAGUAUGGUAUGCAGUUCUACGAGAAUUUCAAGUUAUACGAGACCUUGCUGCAUCGCUGUUGACCGUUCGCCUGAGCUAUGUUAUUGGGUACCUGUUCGUCUUUACCCUGGGGAUCGAAGUAUUAGUCCUCAGUUUUUUCUACCGCUAUAUGCUUACAGCUGGACUUAUCGCAUUUGCGGGCUGGCCCUUUCUCUCUCAGCUGUGGACUCAAGCAAAGGUUACCUCACUGAGCUGGACUUUCUUCUCUCUGCUCCUGGCAGUGUUCCCACUGAUGCCGGUUGUAGGUCGAAAGCCAAAUCUCUCGCUAGUAAUGGGAGCAGGCUUGCUGGUUCUUCUGCUAUCCCUGUUUGCUGUAACAUCUCUCAGGAAAAGAAAAGAUAGUUUUGUAAAGGAACAGCUAUUGAUAUAUCUACUACAGAUGCUGAGCACAGUGCUUUCCCUGUAUGUCGUGCAUAGCACUCACAGCAGCCUGCUCCAGAAGCGGGGGCUGCCGCUGCCGAAUCAGAUCCUUAGCUGGGCGACGUUAGCAUCGUCCUUGGUCGUGCCACUUCUGAGCUCUCCGAUCCUCUUUCAGCGAUUGUUCAGCAUUCUUCUUUCCUUGAUGUCAACCUACCUACUUCUAAGCACAGGGUACGAAGCUCUCUUUCCCUUGGUGCUGUCAUGUUUGAUGUUUGUGUGGAUACACAUGGAACAAGAGACCCUACAACAAUCUGGUGUUUCCUAUAAACAGAAGCUCACGAGUACCCAGUUCUCCUGUAACCCCGACGUAACUCAUUUCCGACAGCUGGCUCUGGAUGACAUCCGUAGGGCCUUUUUCCUUGUUUUUUUCUUAGUGACAGCAUUUUUUGGAACUGGGAACAUAGCUUCUAUUAACAGUUUUGAUCUUGCCUCUGUUUAUUGCUUUCUGACCGUAUUCAGUCCUUUCAUGAUGGGAGCCCUAAUGAUGUGGAAGAUUUUAAUCCCCUUUGUUCUUGUGAUGUGUGCUUUCGAAGCAGUUCAAUUAACUACCCAGUUAUCAUCAAAAGGCCUUUUUCUCAUUGUUCUCGUCAUAUCAGACAUUAUGGCUUUGCAUUUUUUCUUUCUGGUCAAGGAUUAUGGAAGCUGGCUUGAUAUUGGAACGAGCAUCAGCCACUAUGUGAUUGUCAUGUCCAUGACCAUCUUCCUGGUGUUUCUCAAUGGCCUGGCACAGCUGCUCACAACAAAGAGACUCAGCCUGUGUGGCAGACCCAAAAGCCACUUCGUAUGAUGUCACCGAGCUGUCAUUCAGCAUCCGGGCCCUGCUUCUCCUUCUCCUUUUAAAAGAAAAUCCCAUCAAGGAUUUGACGAGAAGAUGGAUAUUAAUGUAUAAUGGGUUCUACUGCUGUAAAGAAGACUAUGUCUGGAAUUCUGGCUUUACAGGUUAUCUAGAAUAAAGGAGGCUCCUUUUUCUUAUAGGUUGUGCUGGCAUGAGAUAAUGACUUUACCUGUGGAAGAG